AGGACCCCGGUGGUUAGAAGUUCUCAUAUGAGUAUGAUAUGAAUUACGAAACUUUCGACGCAUAUUUACGUUUUAUUCGUAGUCCUAGUUUUUCGAGUAUUUGUAUUUCGCUCUCCGUUCACACACAUACAUAGGGAAGAACUUUUGAUGUCCUCAGUCCAAAGCAUCUACUUCAAUACCACUGCGAUUGCGGUUGCGCAAAAGGUAAACUGAAACAUAUGUUUUCUAUCAUGCGCGAUCCAUAAAGUAAAAGUUCUUUGAGCACAAUAUUUGCAUAUGCAAUAGCAGUAUCUUUUUCUUUUGGCUUCACUCACCGCAAUAUAAUCACGUCUCAGGAGCGUCAUGAUCCCUAUAGUCUCGUAUUUGAGCUAACAGGGAGUCUUUGCAAACAAGAAGACAAUGGCGAAGCUCCUGAGGCUCUCUUGAGCGAGCGCGGAACCGCCUAAGCUCUUCUGGCAAGCACGCACCGACCAAUAGAGGCGGGCUUUCGUACGCGCGAUGGAGUACUACGGCCUAGAUUCCCGUCCCGACCAGGACGAGAUUCAGCUGUUGUAUCCGACCCAGAAGUUGCUCAAGGCGAAGUACAGAGAGUUGGUUCGCAUCCACCACCCGGACAAGAAGGGGGAAACGGCAGAGUUUCAGCGGAUAGACUCGUCCUACCGAGAACUGAACCGGCUUUACGAUGAAAAGACGGGCAACUUCAAAUACAAACCGAAGAAAAAGACAGACGCGAACAAAACAGGAACGAAAAACAAGUCCAGUGCGGGUGGAGCUGGAACUACUGCAGCAGGCAAUGCGAAAAACGCAGCAGCAGCUGGAACAGCAAAACCGGCCACAGCAGGAACGACCACUGGUGGCGCGGCGAAGCCAAAGGCCGGAACAACAACUGGAACACCUGCUUCCGGACCCGGAGCUGCAGGCGCAGCUUCCUCAUCUGCGAACAGGACGACGAAUCAGCCGAAGCAAGAAGUGCCUCCCGGGUUCGAUCCUUUUGAGUCUGCAGUGCCGCCAAACUUCGACCCCUUUGAGGACUUCUCGCGAGGUGGGCAACGUACUGGUAACAAUCAGAGACCAAACGCAGCUGGCAGAGGUUCAUCAACCCAGCAGGGCCAACAAAACUCCAAUUUCAAUAACCGACCGGGCUCAUUCAACAAUAACGGGAAUUACCCCCAACGCACCACAACGAAUUCCUCCAGUUCCCCCGACUGGCAUAGCGCAACUUCCCGCGGAAAUUCGCCGAUGGCGCCGCCGGCAGGAGCUAGACGGGGCGAUUUCCCGGAGACGCAGAGGAAUUACGACGCGGACAGCAGCACUAGCGAAUCAGGCUUCAGUGACGAGGAAAACGAGGACCAAUACUACGAGGAGGAGGACAACAAUAAAACAAAGUUUUCCGUGCUGGAAGUGAUCGUGAUGGGGUUCCGGAAUCUGGAGAAAGCCGGGACCUUCAAAAUCGAGGUGGCGCUGGACGGCAGGUCCCAGCAGAUGAUGACCUGGACAGAGUUGCACCAACCAAGGGCACUGGUACAAAUUUUCUGCUACGGCAUCGUCUUGUUGACUUCUGGUGCAUCUGAAACACAACUUCAUCUUUAUCUUGAUACAUGGAAGAGGUGCUUUCUUGCAACGCUAUCUCAUCUUUAUCGAUUUGCAUCUCAUCACUUUCAACGCUACUCACGGAUUGAAAUCCACAGGUUUACUGCGACCGCGUCGAGAACUUCACCUUUUUCCACUGGCACACGGACAGCUACCUGCAGGUGAUUCUUCACGGGCAACGCACAUUUCGCAUGAACAAGCGCGAGGGCGAGUCGCACGUCUCCGUAAAGGAAGUUCUCCGAAACUUCCGCGGCAAAUUCGAGGGUUGGGUCACGCUGGAGCACAAAAACAAGAAGAUCGGCGAGGUUCUGCUCGGAAUCAAUAUGGAGGGCGAGGACCAGGGGAUCAGCGCGAGAAAUAGUAGACCAGAACUAACUUCUGUGCAGAGCGGAACAAAUAUGGCGUCUUCCAGGCUGAAUCAAUCCCAACAGUACAACGCGUCGAAUCGCGCGACGAUGCCAGCGCAGGGAUCAACAACGUCGUCCCUCUCCCGGCCGACGCCGCCACCGUCGACCUACUCGCCCCAAUACGAGUACGCGCGGCCGCGCACGACCAUGAUGCACAACGAAGUAGAAGAUUUUUUUCGCAACAGCUCGGGCACGAAGAGCACGCCGAGUUCGCCGCAGUACCGGCGGGGGAGUACACACGACACAGUCAGCGGAGGUACAACUUCGCCACCGAUGAUGUCAAAUAGUCAGCUGCUUUUCCAACCCGCCCCACGAAAUAAUCCAAUGGCUGUGUACGCAACGCCACCGAGCAGUCCGCCCAUGCACACUGCGAUCAUGUACAACAGCGGUACAACCCCAGCACAGCAACACCAAAUUCCAACGCAACUUUACGGAGGCUACACUCAGCAGCCACAGCGCAUGGCGUACGGAAAUCCGAAUCCAGGGAAUGCUACAGGUGGCUAUCCGCCACAAAUGCAGCAACAGGCCUCGUCACCAACGAUCUACGCCGCCGCACAGCAACCAAAUAUGAUGAAUGCAAGCUCAACAACAUCCUAUAUGCCGUAUGGCUAUGCGGGAGCAGGUGGUGUGGCUGGUGGUGCACGGGGAGGAUUGAAUGAACACGGCGAUAGGAGAAUCUUGAUGUCCUCAAAAUGACACGACGACCGUCGUAUAAUCUGUGAUGCUGAAAUGCAUUCGAACAUGUAGAUGUACACGAACACUGUUGAGACCACUUCUGUAGGUGGACGGAGGAAAACUACAACGACCUGGCGCAUAGGCCCAUAUGAAGUCAAACGUUCAUUUUCAUCAGAUUGUUCUAGUUCUACUAGCCACUGUUUUGGUUUGU